AGCAUGGCCUGUGCCAACCCAGCGAACGAGGCGCUUGCCGCAGCGCUCGAGAAGAUCCUCGAGGCCGAGGCGGUCAAGGCGGCGACGAGUACGCGCAACACGGGCAACCAAAACCACGUUGUCUCCAACUACAAGCGCGCGUUGUACUCGAUCCGCCACUGUGCCCACGUGAUCCAGACUGGCGACGAGGCCAAGGCCCUCAAGGGCAUUGGCAACUUCAUUGGCCAGAAGAUCCAGGGUAUCCUCACUCGACUAGCAAGCGGCAAUGGACGCGUGCACGAGGCCGACGCUCCACGGCCAAAGAAGCACAAGGCGACAGUCCCGGACGAGCCGCCUGUCCCGGUCGUCGCGCCGCGUGAGCGCGCCGCGCCGACGGAGCCAGCGCCCAAGUACAGGCCUGCGCGAGGGAAACAGCCAUGGUACAUUCUCGUGGCGCUGGCCGAGCUUGAGGCAACGUGCGAAGCGCUGAGUGUGGACACGGAGGCCGUCAUCGCGCGCAUGCAAGCUCUCGGGUUUACCAGCGACCAAGGGCAGCUGCGCGCGAGUCUCGUCGCCCUUGUCAGUACCCACAAGGUUGUUGCCAGGUCGUCGCUCUACGGGCACCUCUUCUUGACAUCGGACGGGAUCCAGAGCGCCCAGUACUGCCAACGCAGCGACGCCGCCGCCCAAGCAGCCGAGCCCGGCCCGGUCGCCCGGCGACCGCCCAUGGAAGCCCCUGCGAUCACGACAGCCUCGACGGACGCGCCGACAGAAUCGUUUGACUGGGCGUCGACCAAUCUGUCUAAAUUUGAGCCCAAGGAGGCGCCGCUGGCGCACACGCAAGACGAAUGGGAGGUUGUGCUGCUCCUCGACCACCGCGAGAUGGUGUCCCGAAGCAACCCGUCGGUGUUUGAGCGCAAGCUGCUCGAGGCCGGCGUCACGUGCGAAGUCCGAGGUCUCCACCUCGGCGAUAUGAUUUGGAUUGCGCGCCGCCACCGCCCUACGUUUGGUGGCCGCCCCAUCACGGAAGAGUUUGUCCUCGAUGUUGUCGUCGAGCGCAAGGCCGUCACAGACCUCGCCAUGAGUAUCAUCGACAAGCGCUACACGGAGCAAAAGCAGCGGCUCGCUGACACCGGGCUGCGCUACGUGGUGUACCUUCUCGAAGGCUCGCUCGCCGUCGAGACGAUCGUAAGCGCCACCGCCCUCGCGACCGCCCUCACCCGCACACAGGUGCUCAACAACUACCUCGUGCACCACGCUGCGUCACCGGACGAGACGGUCGCGUUCUUAUCGGCACUGCACUGGCACACAGUGCGUGAGCUUAGCACUGUGUACAAGGUUCGAAACGCCGCGCCGCCAGCCGCCGCGUCGGUCGGCCGCCCGCCCGCGUCGCUGCGCAACUUUACGUAGCAACUCAUUCCGACGAAUUGGCAGUCGUUUGGCGCGUUCAACGAGACGUUCCGGAAGAAGGCGGCGCCGACGACCGGCGAGCUGUACCAGAUGAUGCUCAUGCAGGUGCCUGGCAUUAGCGCCGGCCGCGCGCGCGAGCUUGGCGCGGCCCACCCGACGUUUCUGAGUUUGUGGCAAGAGACGCAAAAGGCGGCGCCACAGCUGCCGUCGCGCAUCAGCGCCACCGGUCGCGCGAUUGUCACCAACCUCUUCCGCGCCAAAGACUAUGUGUAACCCUAACCUCGUCGAAUAUUAUUAGCUCCACA